CAACAAAACGUGGUUUUGGAACAACAAAAUAUUUAUUUUGCAAUAUUGGCUAAAAUUGGCCACCGUUCGGCGGUAAAGUACAGUCCGUUAGAAUCGGCUUCGUUACGGGAAUUCCGGUGUGCUAAAGUGUUGCGAAUUCGAUCACGUCCGGCCGCGCCAGGAUCGAUUCUAGUUUUUGCACCUCGUUUUCGAUUCGACUCGUCUGUCCCGAAGAAGUGUAUCGUGCAGUGUCUGGGCAGAGAGCAGAAGCACAGAGAACAGUCUUUUUCUUCUUACCUUCUCGCACUUUUUCCGACACUGCUCUGGCAGCCGCAGAAAACAAGAAAGGGAAGAAGAACAAGCCAACGGCAGCAGCAGCCAGCAAGAGUUCCCUUUGGAAGAGCCAUCCACAAGGGGAAGAAAAAUCGAAAGGCUCUUCCUGUUCGAAAGUGCGGUGCGGUGCUUUUUUUUUCGAAUCGAUGUGUGGUGAUUAAUUUGCUUGUUCUAAUCGAAGGCAUAGUCGAGUGAAGCGAAAAUUCAAGGUUCUGAAAAGAAUCAAUCGAGAGAGUGAGUGUUUUGACCAAUUUAAGCAAGAAUUGUGGUCUCCUCUGAUCCCUUGCAGUGUACGUUGUGUUUUGCCUCUCCGUGGAAGAAGGAAAACCAGGCAGCUUCUGGCCUAUCGGGUAGCCAAAGUUAUGUCAUCGUGAUUCUAUUCAUAGUGCGGUAGAAGGGUAAACUAUAGUGUUUGUGCAAACAAGAGGUGCAUUUCCUUCCAGUGCACAGUCCCAGACUGAUAUUACUCUCUUGUAAACAUUGUGAAAACCGGCCAGUUCCACAACAAAGAGCAACGCAAUGGCCAAUUCCGGAACGGCAGUAAGGUGCCUCCUCCUCAUCUGAGCAGUAAGCACGAGGAGUGAGCAAGAUAGCGAGCCGUGCAGAACAGGCCAACAUGGAGCGAAAAGAUCGAUAAAGUAGUCAACAACACCAGCGCGAGAGCACGCACGAGUCGUUCGUCCGACGUCGUCGCCGUCUGCAUUACCGACACUCGAUCUCUUUUCCUGCAUCAUCCAGCUUUGACAGUUGGUGUUUGUGAAAGAGAGAAAGGGAAGGAGCAAACGAUUUUCUUUUUCUUUUCGGUUUUGUUUUCAUUCCUCCGAUCCGCAGAAGCUGCCAGAUUUUCAUCUGCUGCUGCAACUGCACAAGUGAAAUCCCCAAUAAGUGCGAAGGGACAGCAAACGGAAUAGCCUCCGCGUGUGAGACUGCCCCUCCCUCUUCAUCGCCCAAGCAAACACCACCCCCCUUCGCUUCCCAGGAGCUAGACCUCGCCGUCUAAUCUGGGCUAGCAUUAGAAGUGCGGCGCUUAGUGUGGAUCUCGGUUCGGAUAAGUGGGAAGGAGAAGAGAAGCAAAAGCAAUAAACACGAACGAAGAAAUACACAACAAACUAUAACAAUGGCUACACACGUUUCAACAGAAACUGGCGCUAGCAACACCAACAACAAUAACAACAACAACAACAACAGUUCAAGUUCAUCCUACGCGAAUGUCCUGCUGAACAUCAAGGAUCAAAAUCAGAAACAGCAACAACAACAGAAGCAGCAGAAUGACAACAACAAGGAAAACAUUCGCAGCGAAAAGCCUGCGGCGGGGCCAGCUCCUAGCAGCGGUGGUGCGAAAAUACCCGAUGUUCCUGCCGGUAAGGACAGCUCAGGAGCUUCGGGACCCACUGCUGCGGCUGCCGCUCCUGCCGGUGGUGAAGAUGCUGAGGAUGAUUCCAGCUUUGUCCCGGUAGUUUCGCAUAACAAACGGGAUCGUCGUUCCAGGCAGAAGGCUGCUGCAGCAGCUGCUGCCAAAGGCGAAGAGCAUCAUGGAGGUGGUAAACCUCCUUCAAAAUCGUCCCGCCGUUCCGGAAGAGGCGGUGGUGGCGCCGCCGGUGGUGGCGGAAGUGUUGCUGCUGGAGCUGGAGCAGUAGUAGCAGCUGGUCCAAAAGAGGCUGCUGAAGGUACCAGUGGUGGACCUCCGAAAAAAGAUGGCAAAAAGAGAGCGGGAGAAAGGCGACGUGGUGGUCGCGGAGGACGCGGCGCAGAAGCCGAGAAGGAGGACAAAAAUCCCGAAAAGGAAUCCCUAGGUGAAACCAGCAACUCCAACAAGGUUAGCAGUGAGGAAGGAUCUGACAAGGAAGUACCGAAAAAGUUUGUGGAAGCGCCUCUGCCGAAAGUGAACGCCUGGAAGGUAACUCCAACGGUUGAACCAGCGCCAAUCCCAUCCGGUGACACGAAACCCGCAAAAUCCUCCGCUGAAACCAGCUCAGCGGCGGGAGCAGUAGCUUCGACUUCUGCUGCUCCUGCUACUGUUGCUGCUGCUGCUACUACCACCACAACUACAACUACAACUGCUUCUGCCACUGCUGCUAGUACUGCACCAUCCCGUAAAGCACCCCCCGCCCAGCCCCAGGAAAAGCGAGUCCUACAACCGAAACAACAGUCCAAGGCCCCACCACAACCCAAACCUAGUGCUCAACCGAAAACGGCUGCUCCCGAACAACCGAAACCAGUCCCUCCCGUAAAAGAAAAGAAGCGACCUAGUCAAAAAUCAAGUGAUCUAACGAGCAGUACCGAUUGGCCAACACUAGACGGACCAUCCAAAACCAGCGAAUCGAAGAAACCAGCAACAGUUCCGACGACUGACUCAUCUCCAGCACCGGCCACGAGCCAUACAGUGGAACAGGAAAAGCCAACAACCAGUGCAUCCAGUGAAGAGCAACAAGCAUCUGCUACUGUAACCAAAACACCCCCAGUCACAGCUUCCGCGGCGCCAAAACCUCAAACGUCGUCGCAGGCAAUCCCAGCGGAAACAAUCACAUCCCAAACUCAGCAACAAGUUCCUGCCAAACCGCUCUCCACUGAGGAAGAUCAUGGUCGACCAAAGAGUGCAGAUUCCGGCGACCAAAACGGUGCCAAUGGUGCUAACAAUCGCAAGGGGCCCCGACCAAAGUGGGUCCCACUGCCAAUCGAUCUGCCGAAACCGCGGGCUCGUCGUGAACGAACUCCUCGACGCCGUCGCUACGAUGACUAUGACGAUGGAAACUGGCAUCAGGAACGGACUCCUCUACCACGGUCGAGCAGGAUUCGAACCAGUCGAGGUGGCGGACCACCUCCGGUGUACCGAGGAGGUCGCGGUGGUCGGAUUUCCCGUGGAGGACCAAUUCGACGGGGACCCCCAUCGGUUCGAGGAGGUCACAUUCCCGGCGGACCCCGACAUGGUGAUCGAGGAGCACCACAUGCCGGGCAGCCACUGACCAAUGGAGGUGAUUUCGUGCAGGAAUUCAAUGGCGUGGGACAAGCGAUCGGAAAGGAACAGACCGCGUUCAUGAUGCCUUAUCUCAGCACGUUCUACUACAACGGAGCACCGCUCAUCGGAAUGGACCAGCUCAGCAUCAAGGAGUGUAUCAAGAAGCAGAUCGAAUACUAUUUCAGUGAAGAAAAUUUGAAUCGUGAUUUUUACCUCCGGCGCAAGAUGGACCCAGAAGGUUUCCUCCCAGUGACAUUGAUCGCAUCGUUCCACCGUGUCCAAGCAUUGACGGCAGACCUGAACAUCAUCAUCAUCGCAAUCCAAGAGUCUGAUAAGCUGGACUUGGUCGACGAAUACAAGGUUCGUACGAAAACCGACCCGACAAAGUGGCCAAUCGAUCCAGCGGACACGGGAACCAACCACUAUCAGUCCAAUUUGCCGUCGGGCCCGAAUCCUGUCGAGCCCCCGGCUGAACCGACAUCGGCGGUUCCGGUAGCUUCCAAGAUCCUGUCAAGUAUUCCACCCCCGCCUAUGCCACGUAAUUUUCGAACUCAAAGUGCAAAACAGCAGCCACAACAACAACCCGCCAUCAUCAAGGUUCCUUCGGUAGUCCCUGCAGUGCCAGUGGUGCCCCCAGUGACUACCAAAACACCAACAACUUCCGAGUCGGAAAACUUAAACCCCAACGUGCCAGAAUUCAUCCCAGCCUUAGCUCUGAGGAAGCAAUCUGCUGGCACUGUCACAACUCAACCAACCGCCCCCGCAGCUACUCCCGCUGGAACCCCCGCGCAACCGGCCACAACUCAAAGCACGGACAAAAAAGAAAACAUUGCUCAGGACGCACAGGAUCCAAAAAACGCCGAAAGGAAAUCUAACUCUAAUGCUACUACAGGUGACAAAGACGCCACGUCCGCAGUCACCGAAGAAGCCGAACUGUGGAAAGAAGUAAAACGACGCUCACGCUCUGCCCAACGCCAUCAAAACAUUCAAGACGGACAAGCUCCGAAGCAGGACCAAAAACAGGACUCCGGAAGCAAACCGAAGGACCAACCAGAAGCGGGCACACUUCCACAAGAUUCGACGACAGCAACCACACCAGCAGCCUCAGGAAAACCAACAUCCGCUGCGACACGGUCAUCCAAACAGGGUGAAGAACGGGAGGAGUUAGAUUUCCAAUUCGACGAAGAACUUGACAUCCCACGAGGGGUUGGCCGUGUUAAUCAUUUCUCUGACAACUGGUCCGACGAUGAGGAUAGCGACUAUGAACUGUCGGAUCACGAAAUCAAUAAGCUUCUUAUUGUUACACAGGUACCCAAUAAGGCACCAAAGCACGAAGGAUAUGAUCGAACGGGUGAUUUCACGACGCGUGCCAAAAUCACCCAGGAUCUGGAGCAGAUAAUCAACGACGGAUUGCAUAACUAUGAGGAAGAUCUGUUGAUGAUAAAUCAACCCCGAGGUGGAAGCUACCGAGCUGUGAAUUUGAUAUCCCAGGAGGAAUUUGACAAAAUCAUCCCCAAACCGGCGAAGGUAGUUCAGGAAGCACCACCCCCGCCGCCACCACCGACUUUUAUUGAGACGUCGGAUAUUUUGAAUGAAAGCACAAUGAGCGCUGCCCAUCGGCACAAGGCACGGUUCUUCGCCGUCAACAAGGAUGAAUUUGUCGAUCCAAUCACUCCACGAAAGCGCAAGACGAGGCAUUUGAACAAUCCACCGGUCGAAAGUCAUGUCGGCUGGGUGAUGGACUCCGUAGAGCAUCGACCACGUACCAUCAGUAUGGGCAGCUCGACGGGAACAUCGCCGACGGCUUCCAGCUACGGAUCUUUGCCCCAUAGCUUGCCAACGUUCCAACAUCCGUCGCAUUCGUUGCUGAAAGAGAAUGGCUUCACCCAGCAGGUCUAUCACAAGUACCACAGCCGCUGUCUGAAGGAACGCAAACGCAUGGGACCCGGUCAAUCGCAGGAAAUGAACACCCUAUUCCGAUUCUGGUCCUUCUUCCUGCGAGAGAACUUCAACAAAACCAUGUACAACGAGUUCCGCCAGAUAGCUAACGAGGAUGCUGCCGAAGGAUUCCGCUACGGGUUGGAGUGUCUGUUCCGAUUCUAUUCGUACGGUUUGGAGAAGAAAUUCCGCCCAAUGCUGUACGAAGACUUUCAACAGGAAACGGUCAAGGAUUACGAGAAUGGUCAACUCUACGGUUUGGAGAAAUUCUGGGCCUUCCUUAAGUACUACAAAAAUGCUUCCAAGAUGUCGGUCGAUCCAAAGCUGAAGGAAUAUCUGGACAAGUUCAAGUCGAUCGAAGAUUUCCGCGUGCUGGAGCCACAGAUCAACGAAAUGCUGGAAGGCGUGGGUAAACUGAAAACUUCGCCUUCGAAGCGAAGACCGCGAAGUGUAUCGGAAAGCGAAGGUUUUACGGUUGUGGCCGGUCCGAGCCACGCCAAACGUGCCCAUCAUGGGGGCUCCAGUGGCGGUGCGGGUUCUUACUCCGGCGGACAUUCCGGCGGUGGCUACAAUCAGUACCAGUACAGUCGAAAGAGAUGUGACUCAGCCGGCAACCGGAUGAUGGAUGUAACGAACCGGCCGGGUCCUUCCCGCGCUCGGACGGGAUCCUUCGGUGACGGUGCCGCCAGAGUGGCUGGCAGUCGCCCCCGAAGUGGUUCGACUGGCAACAAGGUAGUACGAGUGGCGCCACACGAACGAUUCUCACUGCACCGACCAUCUGGACCCGGUAAGCAACAUCAACAGCAGCAGCUGCAGCAGCAACAACAGCAGAAAGCAGCUCCAAGCAGCACGAAACCGACGGAGAAUGCUGCUGCCCCUGCUUCCUCCUCUGGACCCAACAUCAACGCUGCUUCAUCAUCCACAUCGGCUGCGGGAAAGACUUCAUCGGCAACAUCAUCGAGUGAGAAAGCCUCGUAAAGCGUUUGGUGCUGCUUGUGCAAACUUCCGUUGAAAGGAAGAAAGGCGACACGAAACGACGGGGCCAGGUUGUUGGAUUGGGUGCGAAAAUCGAACCUGUGAGAUUCGGUACUCUGAGAACUAAAGAAAUGGUUUUGUGUUACUUUUUUUUUACACGUCCUUAUAAGAAAUCGUCGUCAUAUCGCGUAUAUUUGGCUCCUAUAUAUUUUAAAUGAUUGGAAUUUGACUGCUAUUUAGAAAUUAUUGAUAUUUUUCUUUUCGUUUUUUUUUUCUUCUUUCAAACGAAUCUGAAUCUGGGUGCACCGAAAUUAGAACUCAUUGGCAUCGAGAAGUAAUUCAAAUUAAAAGAAACUAGAAUAUUUGUAGAAAGAAGAUUGCUUUCUUUUGUUUUGACAAAAUAAACCUGUUAGUUAUCAACUUUGAUGGACAAGAAAAGGAAUCCACCUUGAAAUAAAUUCUCGUCACGCGUGUGCUGAUGCAACAGCAGGAUCCAAAAGAGAGAUCAACUGCCAUCCGAUAUUCUACCAGUUUAGGUAGGAUAUGAGCAUCCUGAAUAAAUCAAAGCAGAAUUGCUGCAGCAGUGAUCGAGGAGCAAAAAAAACAUAACUUUUAAAUGUCGCUUCAUUUUAGAGCUUUCCGCCAUCCGCGGUUGAAUGGGUAUGCUUUUUUUCCGAUUCCUUAAGUUUGUUCAUGCAUUCUAUCAUGAUACAAUAUGUUCGAAAAAUAAUAAUCGAAGAGAAUACAUAAGUUCUUAUAUACACUUACAUACAUAUACAUACACACACACUCACACACCGGCAGACACAACUAUAUUCUAGAUGCGGCGAUUCGUGCGAGGAAAAGAAACGAAACACACACAUACACAUUUCAAGGUUUGAUAGGAGACUUUUUUCCCCGCUCUCCGAGUUUGUAUGCCUCAACAGUGAUCUACUAUAAAACAAAGCAAACGAAAAAAAAAACUGAAGUAACAACACGAAGUUUUCAUUUUUAUGUUAGUGUCUUUGAAUGAAAAAAAAAAUACUUUCCUCUUUCUGACGGAUAAUUGCCUUAAGUUUCAAAGAGUUGCUUGUUACAUAGGAAUAUCCAUCCGCUGGGUCGACCGCCUCAGUUCACGAUGGACCAGGAAUACCUGUAGACAAGAUGAUGAAGAAGAAGAAGAAGAAAAUAUGCAUAAGCCUUACCAAGUUUUUUUUUUCCUAAAUAAACGUGUAGUUUGAGAAUAUAUAGGCGUGAAGGGGAGGAAGAAUUUUAAUUUCUUUCUCUUCGAUUUUUCUUCUUUCAUAAGUUAACUAAUUUUAAAAGAAUUGUUUUCUUCUUUUUUUUUGGGACUAUAUUACAGCUACGGAUGCAAAACAAACUACAAACAAACAUUUAAAAACAAACAAAAAAUGCUACUGAGUAUCACAGUGCUACUACAACUGUAAAAGAAGAAAAUAGGGAAAAGUUUGCAGAAAGAACGUAUAAUUGAUUCGAAAAGCGAAAAAAAAAAGUUUAAAAAUAUUCAAAAAGGUACAUAAAAAUUAUAGUCAUAUACUGUAAUUAAUUGUGAAUUCAAGGAAAAAAACCUAUAACUUGUAAAUAAUAAACUACUUAUAUAUUCGGUAAACAUUAAAAAUAAUUUAAUAAAUUAAGGACACACAAUAUCGUGCGUUUUUCUG